UAUGAUGCUUAUGAUGAAUAGUGCAUUGAUUGUUGACAAAUGUAGAUUGACAUUUACGUCUCGUCCACUCUGUAGAGCGAGAGACUGCAAGACUUUAAAUAAUCAGGCAAAAUCAUAAAACAAUCACUUAUCAAGUGACGUCAGUCAAGUCUGUGAGGGUUCAGGGUUUAAGGUUUGGGGGGACAGUUGGAUUGAGCCAUGUUUCUAAACGGCCCUAGCGACAGUAACUAAGGUGGGCGGGGCGAGACGCCGUGACGUGGCGAGAACACUCCGCGGGAUCCCGCAGCGCUCCUGUAUCUCAGCCUGAAGAGCUCCGAGACCAGAAUCCAGACUCAGUCCAGGACAACACGGUCCACCAGUCACAGCGGAGACCUGCAGGACGAUGGAGAACCAGAACCCGGACCACAGGAGCCAAACAGCAGCCUCGUGCUCUGAUAGCGCCGAUGUUCAGAGAAGGAGAAGAAGAGAUGGACUCGAACGUCCCCGCUGUCAGUACUGUGACAAAUCCUUCACAACGUCUGAAUAUUUGAAGAUUCAUCAGAGAGUUCACACUGGAGAGAAACUGUCCAGCUGUGACCAGUGUGGGAAAACUUUCACUACCUCAGGUGCCCUAAGAGUCCACAAACGGGUUCACACUGGAGAGAAACUGUACAGCUGUGACAACUGUGGGAAAGCUUAUACUACAUCAGGUCACCUAAAAAUCCACCAACGUGUUCACACUGACCAGAAACCGUACUGGUGUGAACAGUGUGGAAAAACUUUCAAUAGAUCAGAUUCCCUAAAAAUCCACCAACGUGUUCACACGGACGAGAAACCGUACUGGUGUGAACAGUGUGGAAAAACUUUCACUACUUCAGGUCACCUAAAACUCCAUCAACGUGUUCACACUGGAGAGAAGCCGCACUGGUGUGAACAGUGUGGAAAAACUUUCACUCAAUCAAGUGCACUAAAUAUCCAUCAACGUGUUCACACUGGAGAGAAACCGUACAGGUGUGAACAGUGUGGAAAAACCUUCACUGCAUCAACUCACCUUAAAAUCCACAGGCGUAUUCACACUGGAGAGAAACCUCACUGGUGUGAACAGUGUGGAAAAACUUUCACUCAAUCAGGUGCCCUAAAAAAGCACCAACAUGUUCACACUGGAGAGAAACCGUACUGGUGUGAACAGUGUCAACAAACUUUCACUACAUCAGAUGACUUAAAAAUCCACCAAUGUGUUCACAUUGAAGAGAAACCGUACAGCUCUGGCCAAUGUGGCAAAUCUUAUACCAACCAAGGAGAACCCUUAGAAGACACAAAUACAUUAACGAAUCAUCACUGUGACAGUUUUCACAGAACCGAGCUAGCUGUUUCCUCCUGCCCUGAAUACAACCCUGUUAUCAUGUGACUGUGCUAGACUAACGUCAUGUGAUGACAGCUGAGGAAGUUUGAUUUGGAAAGCCAAUAGCAAAAUUAAAAAAUUAAACUGCAGUAGCCAGGUUACAACCAGUAGAGGGAAGUCACUGCAUUUUAUAAUUUGUGUCUAUAGGUAAUCACACAUCUGACAUAAAAAAUUACUUGUGGAGUUCCCCAAGGCUCCAUUCUAGGGCCUCUUCUGUUAACGUCUACAUGGUUCCACUCGCUCAGAUUAUGUAAAACAACAAAAUGUUACCAUAACUAGGCAGAUGACGCACAAAUAAUUUACAUAACCAUAUCACCCCCGUACAAGUGCUGAGGAACUGUAUUAAACAAAUUAACAAUUGCAUGUCCUAAAAUUUUAACAAAGAUAAAACUGAAGUCAGUGCUCAGCUUCAAUUGGUAAUGUUAAGAACCACAAACCAAGCCAGAAAUGUUGGUGUGGUCAAGAAGUCAGACCUGAAUUUAAGUGGUUACAUUAAGACAAGUCGGCCUACUAUCACCUGAAGAAUAUAUCAAGGAUUAAAGGACUUUUGUCUCAGCAGGACCUGGAAAAACUUUUAUCUUCAGUCGACUCAACUACUGUAACGGUGUCUUUACAGGCUCCCUAAAAAUCCAUCAGGCAGCUGAUUCAGAACGCUGCUGCUCGAGUCUUCACUAAGACCAAAAAGGUGGAUCCCAUUACUCCAGUUCUGAGGUCUUUACAUUGACUUCCUGUAUGUCAAAGAAUUGAUUUCAAAAUCCUGCUGUUGGUUAAUAAAGCACUAAAUGGUUUAGGGCCAAAAUACAUUUCUGAUCUUCUGCUUUGUUAUGAACCAUCCAGACCACUCAAGUCGUCUGGGACAGAAAGCAGAAACCUGUCCCAGACAAAACUAAACGUUUUUAUGCUCCGUAUAUCUGGAAGCAAGUCUGCUGAAACUUAGUUCUUUUAAAUCAAGACUGAAGACUUCUUUUUACCUCUGCCUUUAAAGGAGACCUAUUAUAUUAUUAGGCCACUGUCUUCUAAUUGGCCAAGACCUGAAGCAUGUUACCAGGCUGCUGUUGUUGCUGCUGGGCGGAACAGGCAGACUGAGCUUUGCCGUGCCGUUGAUAUGAACACCAGCUCCGUCUGGCUCUGUAUUACGUAGAACGGAGCUGUUGGUAGAAAGAACCCGUUCAAAACAGGAGGAAAUCUGAGG